UGAUACUUAUGAAAUGAAAGACAUUUUAAUAAAAACAAUGAAAGUUAAAAGUCUUACACACUCCUACCGUCUCUGUAAACUAAUACCCUAGAAUAACAGAUCUAAAUCUAUAUAGAUAUAAACUAGCUCUAUUUAGAUCUACUAUAUUUAGUCUAGAUCUAAGGUUUCAGGAUCUAUAUCAUAGUCUUGAGACGUAACAGUUUCUUUCUAGAUUCUGGAUGUAUCACAAUGGAAGCUAAUAUAGACAAGUUGAUCUAGACUCAGACUGCUCUUACUUUCUUACACUUUGAUUCUUUAAGUUGUAAGUUGAUGCACAAGCAAGACAAUCAUGUCAGAAAGGGAUGAAAUUUGGCCCAAUAUUCACGAAGAGCUAGAGGAGGAGGAGGAGGAAGCAAAGCCGGCCACUUUAGUUCCAGAAAUGAUUGCAUCAAUUAAUGCUGAUACCAUAAAUAUAAUACAUCCACAAGAUAUUGCUGGUGCAUAUGAGUUGUCAGAAUCUCAUGCUGAGACUUCUGGGGAAAUAGAUCUUCAGACAGAUGAGCACAACCAGUUCAUUGAUUUAGAUGAUGUCUCUAUCCUUCAAGCUGUUGUGUUUAUUGAAGAUGCCUGUCAAUUUCGCACUAUCAAUCAUAAAAUUGGACCCCGACAUCUUUGGAUCUACCGAAAAUACCAGUCCUUCCCAGUCACAGUAUUUCGUUUUGUUGUGAUAUUUGCUUUGCACAUGCUGGCCUUUCUUGAGCACCCAUCGUCUCUCACAAUAACCUCUGACCUACGAAGUCAAGGACCCAGACCAAUGGUUCCCUGCUGGGUGACUCAAUUCUUAGAGUUCAUUUUUUUGUCCCUUCUAUUGAUGGACAACAUAAUUAGGGUAUACCUUGUUGGCUAUCAUUAUUUCCUGCGUCAGAAAUGGGAUGUAACAGCUGUCAUAUUACUGGUUGUAUCAUUUGUGGAUUGGCUCGUGUCAUCUUGCAUGGCAUGUAGUGAGCCUGUGAGGGUACGUCGCCUUCUACGUCCAUUCUUUAUACUGCAAAAUUCAUCUUUAAUGAAGAAAAUAGCCAAAUGCUUACAAAGAACGCUGCCUGAAGUUUUAAGUGUACUUGUGCUCCUGACCAUACAUAUUAUAUUUGCCACGAUGUUUGCAAUGCUGCUGUUUCCUAUUUAUGAGAUAAAAAAAACAAAUGCGACUUUGACUUAUUCCAAUGAUACUAAUAGUUCUAUCAUCAUUUCUGGACCUGAUGAAGGAAUGAAAUAUUUCAACUCUUUAAUGGAUUCUUUUGUCAAUUUGCUAAUUCUACUGACCACUGCUAAUCAUCCAGAUGUUACACUUCCAGCUUAUGGUAAAAAUAGAUUUGCUUCUAUUUUCUUCAUUAUUUAUUUAAUCAUUGGUUUGUAUUUUUUGAUGAACAUGCUGUUGGCCAUCAUUUAUAACCAGUUCAGAGGUUAUUUCUUAAGCUCAAUGCAGACUAGUUUGGUUAGAAGGCGUGUUGCUGUUCGAGCUGCAUUCGAAGUGUUGUCCUCAAAAUUUUUAAGUAACGUUUCCAUCUCGUCACUAAGACGAGGUAUUGGAGUAAACAUUGUUAAAAGAAUUGUUGAACAAAGUGAUCUGCCCAAUCAUGUCCAUAGAACUCUCACUGAGAAACUUAACAAAAACAAAGAGUCCAAAAUCUAUUCCGCCACUCAGUUUCAAGAACUCUUUCUUUCUCUCGAUGAUGAUGUGAUACAUAAACAGCUUCCCGCUGUAAGAUGGUUUGCACAAACCAAAUGGAAGAGAGUUCAACGAAUUUUCAUACACAAAUAUUUCACUUACUUUGGCAUGUUGAUGGUUUUUGUUAACUUGAUCAUUAUAACAGUUCAACUUGGUGCUAAAUUUGACAGUUCAUUUAGAGAAAAUCAUUCAACAUUAAGAAUCUUCAACUUCACAUUUGUGAUGUACUAUCUGUUUGAACAAGUGAUCAAAGUCUGGGCCAAUGGCUGGAGGAGAUAUGUAGCUGUAAGAGGAAAUAUAUUUGAUGCUGUCAUUACAGCAGCCCUAGUGAUUGGAGAAACUGUUUCUGCAUGUCUCUUUGGGAUUCCUUACUUUCCCAGUUCACAAGAGAUCACGGAAGUGAGUCUGAGCACCACAAUGUGGAACAUUCUACGUCUAGUUAAUAUUCUCAUCAUGGUCCGCUUGUUUAGGGCCAUCCCACAUAUCAGAUCCAUGGCUGUAAUAACAACAGUGUUGGUAGAUCUGCUGAAAAAUUUGAAAGCAUUUUCUGGAAUUUUAGUCGCCAUCUUUUAUACAUUUGCAAUAUUUGGAAUGCAGUUGUUUCAUGGAGUUAUUAAAUAUCAACCUGAAUAUGCCAACAAAACUUUUCCCUGUGGAACUUAUGAACAACUAGACUACUGGGCAAAUAAUUUUGAUGAUUUUUUUUCAUCUUUAAUUGUGUUAUGGGACUUGAUGGUGGUCAAUAAUUGGAAUGUUUUCCUCAAAGUGUACAGAACAAAACUAUCAUCGUGGUCCUAUUUAUACUUCAUUGCUUGGUGGCUGCUUUCUGUGAUCAUUGUUGUCAACUUAUUCACAGCUCUUAUCAUGGAGAAUUUUAUUAUACGAUGGGAUAGGCGUCGACGAGCUAGUCAAAUAGAUGCUUUGGAUGCUUCUUAUUAUGAACACUUGACAAUUUCAGUUCAUCUGGAUAAUGUCCACAAUAUGUUUAAAGAUCUGUUACAAGAACCAGAUGAAGCAGAACUGUUGCUGUUGUUAAGAGAACACAGAUUUCUGAAACUUGAAAGUCAAUAAGAGCUGGGUUUAGAUGCUGACAAAUAGCUGUCUUUAGAUGCUGACAAAUAGCUGUCUUUAGAUGCUGACAAUAGUGCCAAGUUUAAAUAGCUAAAAUAUGUUGAAAUAUUUAUACACAGUUCUAGAUACAUUUAUAUCUAAUGUAUUGUAUACAAACUUGAAGACAACAUAAUCUGACUGUCAACAACUGGUUAACACUCAAAGAUGUCUUUCACAUAACAUUAAUUAGUUGUUGUUUUUUUUUCCCUUUUCUAGUCUUGUAAUCAUAGAAUCCCAUGUGCAUUUCGUAUUCUAGAUACUAUUUAUACAAGUUAGGUUUUUCUAUGUUAUAAUUUGUACACAAGUUUAGUUGUUACUUUUACAUAUUUUUUUGCCUCAUUUUGUAAGCUUACAUUUUGAAACAUUAUAGAUUUAUGCCUCACCUAAUCCAUUGGUGUUGCGCAAGUAAUCUAACAUUGUUUGGCAAUAAUUGAAAGAUAUAUAUGUCGUGAUGUUUUUUCUGAAAAUCAUAGUUACAAUCUUGCCUUUACAUAUGCAUAUUUUUUGUAACAUUUUUAUUUACACUAAAAAAAAUUUUUGCCCAAAAAAAAUAAAUUUUCAGGUCAGUUCAAAAGUAUGUUUCAUAGAAUAAUUGAAAUCAUUCUUGAAUUAAAUGCUUAUUAAUAUAUUAUUGUAAUGUACGAUUUAAUUUGCCUUUUAUUUGGGCCAUAUGCUAAUUUCAUGUUGUGAAUUUUUAAUGUCUUUAACUCCGAAUGAGGAUAUUUUUGACUCAAGAAUGUGCGUCAUUUGUUUGGCACGCUAAGUUAACUCAUAGAGAGAAGGUGUCUGGACAGUUUCGUUGAUAAUGGCAUUGUCAGUUCAGAAAUAAAAUCUUUUUUUUUUUUUAAAUGGUUACUUUGCUAAGGUGGCAAUACAAAUCUGAAAUGACAGACACUCAAUGAAAUAAGAAGUCUCAUUGAAUGGAAGUGGCCUUACAGAUUGGUGAAAAGGUGGUUUGUUUGUUCUUUUUGUUAGCAAGCGAACAUUAUGAAUAGAAUACUUUUACCUUUCACUGUCAUCGACAUGUUUAUUUUUUUAGCUGUAUAGUUUCUACUUAUAUAUGACAUGCUCUACACUUUGUUAUUGUAUUACCAACUCCACAAUGUACUACUUUGUUAUUGUAUUACCAACUCCACAUUGUACUACUUUGUAUACUCCACAGUAAUUUACCUCUAUGUAUUUAUAUACACCAAUGCACUCACUUAGUAGUAACCAUGCUCUUGUUCUUGUCUUCUAUCAUUCCAUUUAUCAGGUCAUUUGACAUUUUCUUUGUUACAUUGUGACAUAUUGCACUUUUUUUUUUUUGGAGAUUUUCAUCUUUGGCAGAUGUCUAUAAAUAUCUAGCUAUUUGGUGACUCCAGUGAACAUUAAAUAGUAAUAAUAAUAAGGAUCUUCGAGUCCGAAGAUUAACGAGAAAUGAAAUAGGAAGCAUUGAUUAAAUGUGUAAUUUAGAAAGUGUAUGAUAAAUUAGUGUGCACCUUUUGGCUGUGUGAAAUCAAAUUUCUAAGCUCUUUGGCUUGUAGCAAAACUAUUUAUUUUUUAGUUGGCAGCUGUGAUCUUUUAAUAUCGCCUCCUUGUCAUUGUUUAGAAUCAAAAAUUAAUCAAGAAAAUCGUGAAGAUGAUGAAAUAGAGAAAAACUUACUGCUCUAAACAGUGUGGCGAGUCAGCUUGUAAUUUGUAAUUCAAGCCCUGGUUGAGUGAUUAACGCAGGAUUCUGUGUUUUUAAUGCUGUUGAUGGAUAAAUGGCAUUUUGUGUAAAUUUGAAUUAAUUGUAGAUUUUUUACCUUAAGUUUAUUCCUAAAGGGUUACUGCCUGGUUGUGUUGAAUGGCUUUAGACUUUCACUUGAUAGUAAAAAAAAGACCUUUAGGGCAGAUAAUGUAAAGGUCAUGUUUCUGUGGCCGAUGUUUAACGAGGGUGUGGCAUCAAAUUUCGUUACCUUCUGAUUACAAAUAAAAUGUAUUUUGCAGUCCAACGAUUCACUUCACUCUGUAUACUUUACCAAGCGAGAAAGUUAUUUUUGGUAUGUUGCUUUGUUAGCUGUUGAUAUUCACAUUAUGGUUGGGGUAUGUUGUUCUAUAUCAAUAGUUGGUUGUGAUCUUGUAAUAUCAAAAUAUUGUGUUAUCUUUUCCAGAACAAAAACAUUAUCAUUUUUCCUAUAAGAAUUUUUUUUCAUAUGGCAAGUCAUAUGUCAUGUUUUUUUUAUUAUAAUGAUAUACAUAUAUAUAUAUAUUAUGGCAUGAUACAUAUUACCCAGGUAUUAAUUAGUUGAGUUUUGAAUUAUCUUUUUGAAUGCUUACUAAUAAAGGAAAAUUAUUUUUAUUAAUUUUGUUUUUUUAAAACAAAAAUUUAAAAAAAAAACACUGAUGUACCAGUAUUGGAAAUGAAUCUAAGAAAAAAAAAGAAUAAUUGUACAAAACCUAUACAAAUGUUAAUAAAACGACCCAUGGGCUGGUACUGGCUGCUUGGUCAUGUGUCAUGCACGCUGGAUUUCUGUUCCAUGGUCUUGAUGCUUCUGGGUUUGAAACAUGCCUACUGCCAUCCCCCUGCCAUCCUGCAGGAGGUUUGGGCUACUGGAAUGUAAUUUUCUUUAAAUGAGAAGGAAUUUCUGAAAUAUUUUCACUAAAAUCAGAAGAAAAAAACAACAUAAAAGUCUUUUUUUUAAUAAUUUUUAUUGGUGAAACCAAACCUAAAAAUAAUGGGAGACAUUAUAAAUUAAUGGAAUAAAAUCUGAUAAAAAAUACUUCAAUUAAUGGAAACAAAUCUCUUUUUAUUCUCUUAUUGUAUUUGAAACUUUGGAACAUUGUACCUGAUAUUUUUCUUUAUUAUUACAAAGUCCUUUUUUUUUUUUUUUAACAAAAAUUAAAUUUAUAACAUUGUAUACAACCAUAGAUAUUCUAUCUUGUAAAUCAGACUUCAUUCACAUUUCCCAAUGAAUGACUUGCUUAUUUUCUAACCAUUCCAUGGGUCAUAUAAUUAUGAUUUUUAAUGCUAUUCAAGAGAACAUAGCUUAUUAGUAAUUAAAAACAUUAUUAUGUAAUUAAAAACUUCAUUCAAGAUAAGUUGUAAUGAAAGACUACAUUCAAGAUUAGUCAGCCAAAAAUAUUACAAAGUGUCACCACCUCAAAGGUCAUCUCCCCCAACAAGGUCAUCAAAAGUAACCCAGUUUAAAUCAAAAUUAUUUUUUGUUAAACUUAAAACAUUUUUUUUUUUUCUGAAUGUUAUAUUAAUGUUAGCUUUUUAUAUGAAUUUACUUUUGUAAUUUUAUUCUAAAAUUUUGGAAUAAAUUAAUAAGAUCUGUAUUAAGAAUGGUAAUACACAGCCUUACCUAUAUAGAUGACCGCAUAAAAUAUCUUUGCUGUAUACCAAUGGGUCAUUAGAUUAAAAUUAAAAGUUUUUUAGCUUACAA